UCUCUCUGCAUAACGAGUGCCAGAAACGUUCAUUAUCAUUUAUCAGCCUCAGCUUGACUGUAUUUGUGCCGUGUGCGUCUUGUAGGAGAAUAAACCACACACAUCCACAAACUUGUAUGCAUAUGUCCUGCACAUAUCUACAAUACAUAAAGCUCUCAUCCUUUGAUAAUCAUUCAGCCUGUCGUGAGUCAAACCAACUGCAGUAAAGAUCACACAGUGGAUAGCCUGUACAUUUGAUUCCCUUCUGGAAGUAUAUAACUUGCACUUGAUUCAGCUCCAUCAUCUCGAUGUUCUCGGAUGCUGCCAUUACAGAGAUUGAACAGAGCUAAGAAUAUUCAUCUAAUCUGAGUAUUAUACAGCAGCCCGUUGACUGAACAAAAUACCCAAACCUCUCAUCGUGACCAAGCUCAUAUUACAGUAUCCUGACUUUUAACAACUGCAGUUUAUGUAAAGGCUGUCUCCCUCACUAAUGUUAAUCAUCAUACUUUAUGAUUAUUAAACGGAUUGAAACUGAUGCUCUGCUCUGCGUGUUCUGACCGACACACCUGGUUCACUACUAUACCUUGCUAGCCUUAGUAAUUCAGAUAGCUCUUUGCUACAAUAAGUGGUCCUUCGAGCCGGAUUAGUAGCUGUGCUGGGAGCAUGCAGCAGAGUGUUGGAGUAUCAGAGGCCAUGUCCACCCGGCCUAAGCGUUUAAUCAGACAGCCCUCUUAUUUGAAAGACUAUGAGGUCAGUGCUAUGCAUUACCAGAGACAGAGUUCAGUGGCACCGCCCACACCAAGAGAAAGCCAAAGCUCACAAUCUCAUGUGACAUGGAAUGAGCUUUACCCGCCUCCAGAUGAUAACUCUCUAAGCUUCGAGGAGAGCUUCCUAGACACGUCCAGACAAUCUUACACCCCUAUGCCUUACAGAGCGGAGGGAGUACCACAGAGCAGGUUACUGAGUGAGAGUAUGCGGUAUGAUUCGGUUUCACAUCAUGAUACUAGAGAGGGUAAAUUGACAGCCUCAGCCAGAGCGCCAUUAGCAGUACAGCGAGAUCAGUCCAGAGAGAGAUGGCCCAUGCCACCCCUUGCUAUAUCGGAUGACUUUCAGGCUUCAGAGGCAGAGGAGCCUAAUGAAGAGUUACCUCCCCCGCCUUGGCCUACAACAGAUUACCCUCCGAUGUGUGCAGUUGGUGAAGAAAUGCGAGUGAUCAAUGUCUUGGAUCGGAUGAUGAGCAAGUUGCAGCUCAUGAAAGAUAGUGUGGCCUCUAAUAUCCUGACUCCCACUCAUUCUCACUCCACCCCGAGAAUAGUAGGCCCUUCCCAGACUAGAGGAGGUUUUGAUCAGUACAAUGCCAAGGUUUGUACUCCGAGGCCAGCAACUUAUUCUACUGUUUCACAUCCACCCCCUGUUUAUCAUUCAGAUGUGGGCUCUGCAGGGAGGAGUGGAGUCCGACCUGGCAUGAAUCAAUCAUACCCUACUCGAAGUACACAUUUCUCCCCUGGGUCAGUGACACUGGUAGGGGAGUACCGGGGUCUACGCCGAAGAUUCCCCUUUUCAUCCGUAAUGACCCGAUGGAGUUCUCUCAUCUGAAGUUAGCCCUAACUAAUCUGUUACCGGCCGAUGCUUCAGAGCUUUUUAAGUACCAGAUUCUGGUGGAUCAUGUAAAGCUAGAUGAAGCGUGUCUCAUUGCAGACUCCUUUAUUAAUUCACCUAUGACAUAUACCGACACAAUGAUCGCCUUAACAGAGAAGUUUGGACAGCCGCAUCAAGUCGCCUUGAAGAGGAUCGCUGCGGUGAUGGAUUCACCUGAGGUAAGAAGAGGGGAUAUAGCUGCCUUUGAGAGGUUUUCUCUGCAGGUGCAGUCGCUUGUGGGUAUGCUGCAGACGUUAGGUCCAGAUGGGGAGGUUGAAUUACGAUGUGGCUCACAUGUUGCUUGAUUGCUCACCAAGCGUCCACCAGAGAUGCGAGCAGACU